AUGUCACGUCAGAAACGUGGUACGAAGACACCUUCGCUCGAAGGCUUGAGGGUGUCGGACUUGAUCAGGAUGCGGUCUUCCAAGCUCGACCAAAGGGAUACUCGCCAACGCGCACGUGAGCUCAGGCACCUUGAAGGGCUGAUCAAGGCAGCCGAGGUUCAAGCUGAGCGGUGCGACAGCAAUGCCCACGUCGCGAUCAAUCGUCUUCCUCCCGAAGUGCUCCGGGAGAUAUUCGUAACGACUUGCACCGUCAAGCUAAAUGAAUAUAUAUCUAAAUACUAUGGAGGCGAGGGCUUUACGACCAUCUGGGACCCAAUUUGA